AUGAGAAGUUUUCUAUGGAACAUUUUGGUCACCGUAAUAAUUGCAGAAUUUGUUAUUGGAAAUUUUGCCAAUGCAUUCAUAGCCCUGGUGAACUGCACUGACUGGGUAAAGAGGAAAAGGAUCUCUGUAGUUGAUCGGAUUCUUACUGCACUAGCUGUCUCCAGGAUUGGCUUGAUGUGGACACUAGUAACAGGUUGGUUUUUGAAAGUAUUUCAUCCAACUGCCUGUACUAAAGUAGCAAAUAUUACUUGGAUUAUCUGGGAAAUAAACAAUCAUUUUAAUGUUUGGCUUGCCACUAUCUUAACCAUAUUUUACUUUCUCAAAAUAACUAAUUUCUCCAACUUUAUUUUUCAUUACCUAAAGAAGAGAGUUAAUAAAGUCAGUUUAGUAAUUUUUUGGGGGGCUUUGGUGUUCCUGCCUUUUAGUUAUAUGAUGACACCUGUGUAUGAAACUAAGAAUAUAAAAGGAUAUUUAGAGAAUGUGACUGGGAAGCCUGAACUGAAGGGUGGUAUAUACCUUUCCAGAAGAAUUUUAUUCAUGCUAGUAAAGUUUCUACCCUUUUUGAUGUCCUUGACCUGCAGUCUUCUAUUAAUCUCCUCCCUGAUUAGCCAUCUCAAGAAGAUGAAGCUCCAAGGCAAAGGAUUCCAAGAUCUCAGCACAAAGGUUCAUGUAAAGGUCUUGCUAAUUGUGGCUUCAUUUGUCUUCUUAUUUGCCAUCUACUCUGUGUCUGUAAUCACAUCAAGUUGGUAUAUGCAUGAUUUGUGCCUUAAACCAGUCUAUUUGUUUCCUCUGGCUAGUGAAAUUUUAUAUCCUUCAGGCCACUCAUGUGUCCUAAUUUGGGGAAACAAAAAGCUGAAACAGGCAUUUAUUUUAAUUCUGUGUCAGGCAAAGUGCUGGCUGAAAGGAUUUGAAACUUUCAUAUUCAUAGGUUAG